AUGGAUCUGAGAGAUCGUUUCAGCGAUCGCAAACCGACGUACACGGAUCUCCGAAAAAAAAGACCCGAUUUCGGCUUGCGCGAAUGGCCACAAUCCAGAAACGAAAACCGCUUUGAUUCGAGUCCUCUGAGCUCAAAGCAGGCCACACACCACUCUGAGCUAGGCAACGAUGUCAAGCGCAAAAUUGCAGAUGAAGACCUGCCGCUGAUAUCCUUGGGAGCGCUAGACAUUCCAAGUCAAAGGGCGCUUGUUGCGUCUAUCUUCGCUAUAAUCCAGGCCUAUAAAUUGUACGAUCUGAUAUUACUGAAAACAGGACUUCCGGUUUCAGGAAUACUGCUGACAAGCUCACGUUUCAAUUUCAUAGCAAAAUACGUGGUCAUCGAUUCCCUGUUUCUCUACCUUCUACCAAACUUGAAGAUCCCAAAGUUGACGUUCAGUCCAUUUGCAGUCUUUGUGCAAAUCUUACUUGCAACAGCCGUGACUGUGUUUCUGUCAAAUGAACAAAGCUUUCCUUUUUUGACAGUGCUUAUUUCUGCAUGGUCCAAGUUUAAUACCAAACAAUUGAGUUUGACGGGUAGUUCCGUCAACCAACGCAAAAUUAUGGAUCCCACUUCACAUUUCAAAGGAGCUUUGACAAUCAAAAUUCUACCGGAAAAUACUGCAAUGCUGAACCCAUUCCACGAUUCAUUCUGUUUGAACAUGAAUGGCGUCAACGUUGAGGAUCUCCAUAUCCCUCUCAGAAUCAAUUCGACUUCAGAGAUCGAGUUUCUUCAAUUGGAGUAUCGCGACUUGGAUUCCUCGAAUGCUCAAUUGCUAAAUUUUACGAAAAAGCAACUCAUUGAAGUACCGAAAUCUCACUCUUUUUUCAAAAAAGACCAGGCUUCUCAUCACGCAUCAAUUCGCUACUUUGCCCUUCCAGUGGAGAAAAUCGGCUUUUACCAAGUGAAAGAGAUAGUUGAUUCCAAAAAAUUCAACUUGAGGCUGUUCAAGUCCCAAGUUAUCGUCCCACAUUGUCCAUGGGGUGUCAUAGCUGGCUUGGGUGAGCAAGAUAGAUGUGUCGGUGAUUUAAGCAAGGUCUCUAUUGAGGCACAUGGUGUUCCGCCACUCAAGCUUGAGUAUAAGCGUUCCAUGGAUGGCGAGUCUGCUCGAUUCGCCGACACAAAUCUAGCACCCGAGCGAUUCGAAUCACCGCUAUUAUCAAGUCAGAAGAUUUUCUCGGAUGACGCAAUAGCUAAUUUGCACUGGGCUAGAAAUCAUCCCGUUGCCAUCAGUCUAGAGUCAACCCUGAAAGAUGACGGUACUUACACCUACACGCUAGAAAAAAUUACCGAUGGAUUCGGCAAUGUGAUGGACUUUUCAACCAUGUCCCCGGACUUGCUGCAAAAGUACGGUGUUUCCUACAGCUUUGACGUUCACAAUCUGCCCAAGGCAACCUUGGACUCUAAAUUCGAUCAUAAUUCUCCCACUAAAAGGUCUUUGGUGGUGAAAUUUGAAAACACGAGAAACUGGGAGCAAGGUUGUCCUUACAAAGUUGCCCUUUCGGUAUUAGGUGACGACGACAAGGCCUCAACUUUCGAGUAUGACCUUUACAAACCCACAACGGAAAUUCCCAUUGAAAUACCGGGUACCUAUAGUCUAGAGUCGGUGAGCUCACGGUUUUGCUCAGGUAUUGUGAUUGACAAGUCGAGUAUUCUUGUAACGAAGCCAAUCCCUCCUAGCUUACAAGUCAAGUCCACACCAAUCUUAGACCAAUGCGUUGGACAAGUUGGGCUGAAUUUUGACCUGACAUUUACCGGGGUUCCACCAUUCUACUACAGAACAAAAAUUUACAAGAUCGAAGGCAAGAAUCGUGUUCUACAUGACACGAAGAAAUUCACUUCUCAAGGAACAAGAAAUCAAUUCCGUUAUAGUCCAGCCACUGAGGGAAACUAUGAAAUUGUUUUUGACCAAAUUUCCAACACUUUGUUUACCAAAGCAAUUCCUUUAGCUCCUGUUGAGAAUUUCACAUUCGCCACCUCGAUGAGAGUGAAACCGGAUGCUUCGAUCUCUUCGAAGUAUGCUACUCAACUCUGCUUGAAUAGUCAAAGCAAAAUACCGAUAACAUUCAAAGGUGAAGCACCAUUUGCACUGGAGUAUGACAUUCUAGAGACCUCAACAAAUAAACGGUCGACCUAUUCUAUUAAAGAUAUCAAUUCCUAUACAUUUGAGGUCGAAACUCCAAAGUUUGAUGUGGGUGGUGAUUACAUCCUCUCGCUUGUUUCUGUCAAGGACAGCUCUGGCUGUGAGGUGGGCAUCAGCUCGACAGACGCUCGCAUAGAAGUUCGUCGUGACAUUCCUUCCGCUGAAUUCAAUUCUUUCGAACACAACAAUGAAGUGCUUAUUAAGGAGGGCUCGUUCGCCGAGCUACCCGUAAGUUUAUCAGGUAUAGCUCCAUUCGCCGUUAGCUAUCAACAUAUCAACAAAGCAGGGCAAACCACGGGUACAUUCAAGACAGAAUUUUUAUCAAGCUACAAAGCCACUUUGAGGGCAGAGAAAGAAGGUACUUAUAAGCUGCUAUCUGUCACAGAUCGGAGCUGCUCUGGAAGGGUGGGCCUGAACCAGGAAUUUGGAGUGUCUUUCUUGAGCAAACCAAGCUUUUCUGUCGUCGAGAAUAGCAGGCUCCGCGAAAGUAAUGGUGUCUUAAGAAAAACUUCAGUUUGUGAGAAGCACGAAGAAACAGUCGACUUAGUUUUGAAGGGUUCUCCACCCUUUGUGGUAUUUUAUGAGCUCACAUCCCCCAGCAAUCAGAUCAUUCCCAAAUCUGUACAUGUGGCGACAAAGUAUGCGACAAUAAACUUGCCCAACGACAGAGCUGGCCAAUAUACACUGACAAUAAAGGGAAUUUCAGAUUCUCACUACUCUGAAAAGGACCUGGCCAAGGUCGGUUCUGGCUCCGUUCCCAAAAUCAUCAGACAAGAAGUAAAGCCUUUACCCAGCGUUCAUUUCUCAGAGCCUGGUAAGACGUAUCGCACUUGCUCAGCCGAUUUGGACCAUACUGCGGGACUCGAGAAAAUUGGUUUACACGUAAAGGCGGGGCAGGCGCCAUUGUCUGUUUCCUUCAACAUUUACCACGAGAGCACGAGUAAAACUGACUACGUCACCAUCAACAAUGUUACUAAGAACAGUUUCGACCACGCUAAAUUAUUCAAAAAUCUCAACCUAGGCAACCACAUCGUCACAAUUGCUGAGGUAGUCGAUGCCAAUGGUUGCACUUCAGAUCUUAAAGCGGGGAACAAUCACGUCAUAAUAUCCAUUACAGACGUCCCACGUAUAUCUUUGGUGGAACCAAGCAUGGACGUUUGUGUUGGCGAUUACGUCUCGUACCAAUUGGGAGGUAUGGCGCCGUUUACCAUCAAGUACGAAUUCAAUGGGGUGUCUUUGAGAUCCAAAGAAAGCACUUCCCAGUUUGUGAGACUGGCGUCCGAAGCAGGCAGAAUAUCCAUCAGCUCCUUACAGGACUCUGCGUCUCAAUGCGUGGUAAAUUUCAAGAAGCCAGGCAUGGAACAUCAACUCGAAGAGCUAUCGCUUGAUGUUCAUCCAAUUCCAUCAGUCACAGUUUCGCGAGGCGACUACAUUGUGGAGGACAUUCAUGAAGGAGACCAGGCCGAGAUAAUAUUCUCAUUCGAAGGAACUCCACCUUUCUCUUUGACCUACGUCCGGACCGAACAAACAGACGACAAACGUGGCAAAAGAAGACCCCAGAUUGUCGAGACCCAUAAAGUCGAAGACAUCUACGCAUACGAAUACAGAACUUUCACGAGCUUACAAGGUAGAUACGAGGCUAUAGCCAUUUCCGAUGCCUACUGCUCCGCGAAGAACAACGCAUAUUUUGCUUGA